AUGACAAUCGAUUCUAAAGAAGAAAUCCAUUGCCGCGUUGUCAAGGAACUGCGUCAACACUUGAACAACAGUGGACGUGGGCUGACCAAUAUUUUGCAGAUUGCUGUGUGUGGUAGUAGUGGGAAAGGGAUUGCUUCGGAUCAAUCUGACUUUGAUGUGAAAGUCCUGCUGCUCCACCCACAAAAAUGCUAUUUGUUGCAAAAGGUGAAGGAGUCUUGGCAUUCUACCUUUUCCUUCGAAUACAAUGAAGAAGAUGAAACAGAUAAUAAUGUCACAACAACUACAAUUGAGAUCGACGCCACGUUUAUUGACUACCUUCGCAUGAUCAAAUACAUCAGCAAGUCCGACAUGACCGCCUAUGAAAUGUUUGCAGGCGAUGUCAUAUAUACAACUCCUGAAGCCAAAGUCCUUGACGAGCUUUGGAAACAGGCCUACUUGCCCGCGGUCUUGGCCCGGCAAUACACUGGGCUCUUGAAUCUCUACCUUAGGAAACCUCGAAAGACAGAUGAGAACCAAGGCUCUAAUGGAAGGUCCAACAAGAUUGCUUUCGAAGCAGUAUAUUUGGAACACAAGCUAAGGUUUAUUGAAAAGCAUGGAACAUCCGAAAUUCCUCCGUUCAAGGCAUUCGAGCUAAUCCAAAGGUCUGACACUACAAGCGAGGAACAGCAAUGGGCCAAAGACUUGUUGAAAGCUCGACGUGAGCAAAAGAAUAAAGACGUCGAUAGCAAGCACAUUGAAAAGUUUGGCUCUUUUGUCCGGCAGCCUACUCUUGGCAAUAAGAUCAAGAUAGUAUGGGAUGCUGAUCCAAAGGAUCGCGAAAGACUACGGCAACAGCUCGAGGACAUGUUCUUGGAUGCAAUCACAGAGAGGCAGUAA